UACAUUCCCCAAGUUGCAGAUGAUCGAAAGCCAAAAUAUGGGAUGGAAUUCUCAUCAAUAGAGGAGGCAUUUUCGUUCUAUAACCAAUAUGCACGAGAAUCUGGAUUUAGUGCGAGGAUAAAUAAUAGCAAGAAAAAUAAGAUGACAAAUGAAGUUGUGUGGAAAACAUUUGUAUGCUUUAAAGAAGGGCAUACAAAUGAUCAACGAAAUAAACAGGCAAACGGUGAUCAACGGACGAGGGAAAGAGCACGUGGCGAAGUUAGAACUGGUUGUAAGUCAAAGAUUUCACUUGUCAAGAAACAAACUGGACCUAAUUGGGUUGUCACUAACUUCAUGGAAGGUCAUAAUCAUCCACUUUCGACUCCUUCAAAGGUGCAUUUACUACGCUCACAUCGUAAUGUUUCGACAGCAAAGAAAGCAUUGACUCAACAGUUUUCAGAGGCCAAUGUGCCAACUUGCCAACAAAUGCGAUUAUUAGAGAUAGAGUAUGGAGGGCCUGAGCUGGUAGGUUGUACAGAAAGAGAUAUUAGAAACUUUGAGAAACAGUUAAGGGAUGAACGAAAGGGUAUCGAUGCUGAAACACUAAUCGAGUUAUUUGCAUCUGAGAAAGAGAAGAAUUCAGCUUUUUUCUUUGAUUACGAGACUGAUUCAGAUAAUAUAUUUAGUAGGUGUUUUUGGGCGGAUCAUGUAUCAAGGACGGCAUACAAUGUAUUUGGUGAUGUAGUUGUAUUUGAUACAACAUAUAACACCAACAAAUAUGGAUUAAUUUUUGCACCGUUUGUAGGAGUUAAUCAUCAUCAUCAAACAAUUGUUUUUGGUUGCGGCUUUAUAAGUGAUGAGAAAACUGAGUCUUUUGUUUGGCUGCUUAACAAGUUCAUAGAAGCUAUGCCUAAAGGUGCACCAAAUGUGAUCAUCACUGAUCAAGAUCCUGCUAUGACGAAAGCAAUUGCCCAAGUUUUCCCUCAGACAGUACAUCGAUAUUGUUUGUGGCACAUACUGAAUAAAUUUCCAGAUAAAUUAGACCCUUUGACUUUUCGUGACUACUACCAAAGCAUAAAAAAUGUCAUUGGAAAUUCUACCACACCUGAUGAAUUUGAGAAUUUAUGGGAAGAAGUUAUCAAGUGUGCUAACUUGGAGAAAAAUGAUUGGUUGUCUUCGAUGUAUGAAUUGCGACACAAGUGGGUGCCAGCAUAUUUUAGUCAUAUAUUUUGUGCUGGAAUGUCAAGUAGUCAAAGAUAUGAAGUUUCACAUGCAUUUUUCAAGAGGUAUGUUUCAAAUAAGAAUUCAUUGAUGGAUUUUAUCAUCCGUUUCAAUAGGGCACUGAGACACCAAAGACACAAUGAGUUAGUUGCUGACCAUAUUGAUAUGAAUGAGAUUCCCAGGAUUAAGACAAACUGGCCAAUGGAAUCUCAAAUGGUUAAGUUAUACACGAAAAAGAAAUGGAUGGAGUUUCAAAGUGAAAUAAGUGAAAUUCAAUGUUAUUAUGUGCAACAAGCAUCUAUGGGAGUUGACUCAGUGGUUUAUCAUGUGAUGAAAUUUCAAAGUAGUUCUUCCUCCAAACCAAGGGUGCUUACGCAUGACAAACAGAAGGACAAUAUAUUUUGUAGCUGUAGGAAAUUUGAGUUCGAUGGCAUUCCAUGCAGGCAUAUGUUAGCCUUUUUUCGUAUCAAUCAAGUGUUUCAUUUGCCAGAUAAGUAUAUACUCAAACGAUGGACACGAGAUGAAAAGGUUGGAGCAAUACAUGCUUUGGGUAAGUAAAAUUACAUCGAUGAUCCAGAAAGAGUUUUGAUGUCAAGACCUAACUUUUCUCCUCGCCGUUCCUCGCCGAAACCUAACUUUUUCCUAGCCUUCGCCUCGGUGUCGCCUCGGUGUUCCUCGGCCUUCCUCAUUCAGUUGGUGUUCCUCGGUGUUCCUCGGCGUUCCUCGCCUCGCCGUUCCUCGCCUCGCCGUUCCCCGCUCGCCUAGCCUUCGCCUCGGUGUCGCCUCGGUGUUUCUCGGCCUUCCUCGUUCAGUUGCUUGCUUCGGUGUUCCUCGGUGUUCCUCGGCGUUCCUCGGUGUUCCUCGCCGUUCCUCGCCUCGAGCUCGCCUCGCCGAAACCUAAUGAAACCUAACUUUUUCCUAGCCUUCGCCUCGGUGUCGCCUCGGUGUUCCUCGCCGAAACCUAACUUUUCUCCUCGCUCGCCUCGUGUCUUCUUUUUAUUGCAUUUUUGGGAUUCUGCAUCCGUUUCGUCAUAUGUGUUUUUCUCUGUUUCUCUAGGGUUGCUUCGGCUCCUGGAAAGGUCUUGAUCACAGGUGGCUACCUCAUCUUGGAGAGGCCAAAUUCUGGCAUAGAUUUCACCACCGCCGCUCGCUUCUAUGCCAUCGUCAAACCGCUGUACGACGAUAUCAAACCUGAUAGUUGGGUCUGGUCAUGGACAGAUGUUAAAGUAACUUCCCCUCAGCUUUCUUGGGAGGCCACAUACAAGUUGUCUCUGAUAAACUCUAUUCUGCAGUGCACUUCUUCAAGGCAAGU